AUGGAGGUUGGUACACUGAGAAAACAGCUUAAAGACUGGGAAAGGCAAUUUUAUAAAGAGAAAGGCAAGAAACCAUCAAAGCUGUCUGGCUUGGAGACGAAUACCGAUAUCAAAUGCAAAGGAUUCAAGAUCGUAUCUGCUGCUCCUAAAAGUACACCAUCUGCAGUUACUAAAAGAUUUCUGAGCCUUAGUCAACGUAACCCUAAAGCAUCUUCUUUCGAGCAACAUUCUACUUGGCCCGAUAUCGUUAUUCCACCAUGGGCAAUGAGUACAGCAGAAAAUAACUCAAAAGAUCUCCAUUCCGAUUCGACAAAAACGCUGGACAUACCUGCUAUAUCACCACCACCACCACAGGGGUCUCUUACGAUACAGAAAGGUGAUUGGAAUAAUGGCAAGUUAGCAGAAACUAAUGAUCGUGAAGUCCCUUGCGAUUCGAACAAAAGAUCUAUAUCAGAUAGUACUUUUAAUGCUACGCAAGAAAAAGAAACCACUACUAAAAUUAAAAAGAUGAAAACUCCUAAAUAUCCAGAAAGUACCUCUAGAAAAUUUGGUGGCUACCAAAGCUAUUCCAGAAAAAAUAAUGAAAAGACUAUUAGUAAAUCGAAAAUCUUAGAAUAUCCCUCAAUUGUAGAAGAUGAUCUAAUAUCAAAUAAUAAUAUCGAUUCAGAAAACUCGGUUAAAGCAGAAAAAGAGGAGAACAGCCGAGAAUCGGAGUAA